GUACCCUUCUUACACCGUUCAAAAGUCCAUCUUAUGUUACUUCCAACUGUAGAAGAAACGGAGCUGCUCCAGAAGCUUUAUGAUCUCCUGACAGCCAAAGAGUUUCAGAUAAGAAUGGAGGGAGUGGCACUCCUCCUAGAUCUCUGCAAAAGCAGCCCCAGGCUCAUCUCCAAUAACAUUGUCCAGAUUUUUGAUUAUUUUGUCCUGAGGAUUUGCGAUUACAACAAGAAAGUGAAGCAGCAGGCACUGGAGGCGCUGGCUUUGAUGAUAGCCAUGCUCAGAGAUGCCUUAAACCCAGUGCUGAUCCGUCUGGUGGAAGCAAUCACCAACAAUCUGAACUCAAAGCACUUGGGGAUUUAUGGUGCAGCUGUGAAAGCACUGGAAGCAUCCAUUGCUCACUUAGAUAAAGUAUCGGUGCUGAAAGAGUUUAGCAACCGAAUGAGUCAACUGAGUGGCCAAGCUCUGCUGGAUGUCACCGAACGUCUCUCAGUGCUUGUGGCACGUGUUUAUCCCAGGAGCCCUGAAGUUGUCCAGCGCUACGCGCUGCCCGUGCUCUGGUCCUUCCUGGGAAACAAGGUCCCGCCCGUCCGAAGCGCCAACGUCAGGACUGUGGUCGCCAAGCUCGCAAAGGCCCUACAUGAAGUGAUGGGCUCCAAGCUGAGGCAGCACGCUGCCAGCCAGCCUCAGAACGUAGUGAAAAACCUCUCCAACAUUUUGGGCUGGAAUGUCAGGUGAAGGCUGGGUACGCUCCCGGAAGCUGGCGAAGUGCUGGGCUGGACAGGUGGAGGCAAAGGUGGACGUGGUGGCGGCAUUAGUUUUAUUCUGCACGUCUGAAGAACAAGGGACUUACCCUAUAGACUUUAUAGCUACAGAUGUACAUAGUAUUUUGAUAUUUAGAUGUAGUUUGGAAUAAAUGUGUUUUGGUUGUA